AUGAAAGCGCUGCUGCAACUAGUAGCGCUUUUUCACGUCCUUAAUGCGAUCUCACUGCCGUUCUUCAGGAAUGAGCCUUCGUUACCGUAUUUACAUCCAUUAUCACCACCAGAAACGAGUCCAGCUAGCGCCAGAGCCAAACGGCAAGCAUAUCAAGUAUACGUUGACGGCGAAUCUUCUGUAAGUCUGGACAAGACUGGACAAACUGAGUCUGGACCGUGGGGACCGUGGGUACCUGAACAAUGUUCGCGAACAUGCGGAGGCGGUGUCCAAACCGAAAAGCGACAAUGCUCGUGA